UGGGAGAAAAACCCGGCACCGGAUUACACUGAACGGUUCAUCUCUGUGGAGACGGAAGCAAUGCGAAUUAAAACUAAAUCAAACAGACUCUCGCAUCGUCUAUGUCAUGUAAAGUGAACACUGUAGAUUAGAACAGACCGCUUUAAUAGCGGUGUUCUUACGGUCUGGUGCUUCAUCAAACAUGUACAGUUUCGUGUAACCCCACCACUCCAGUCCGGGAUUUUGAAUACCUAAACGCAAGCCGAUCUGGGCUCUGAAAAAGGAAAAUUUCAAGUUACAGCCGGUCAGAGCGACGAGUGAGCCUUGUGGAAAGGGGGUGUGUUGAAAUUUGGCGAAGGUACGUGCGCAGCGUUCAUUGAAAGUUUUUCUCCUGUUUUAAUGCAUUCGUGUCUUAUUGUUGCUCUAUGUGCUUCUCAAUCAAGACUGCAUUGUUCGGUGCACUUGAGCUUCCUGUUCGUUGUCUGAAUAGUGCUGCUGAAUCUCCAUCAGGAGUUCUUCAAAGCAGUCGAGAAGAUACACGGUGCUAGGAUCGCAAAAUGGUACCGAAGAACAGGCUUGGAAAGCGGUCCCCACUGGGCACCCUGGUGUGUGGUUCCUCAGCAGAGGGCCUGACAGAAACGGGACCCCAUGGGUGCCCAGACAGUGGGCUUCACAGAAGCAAGCUUUACCCGGGACAAAAGGUUUAUGUGCACUGUGGCGGCCAAGAAUGUGGAGGAGUGGUCGAACAGCAUAACCACGUGGACAAUGAAGUGUCUAUCUUCCUGCCGCAGCUCAACCAGCACGUUCAUCGCAAGCUGGAAGACGUGUGGACGAGCCCCACGACCAGUCACACCGCCUCAGUCUCCUCGUCCAUUGAUGUGCCAAGAAGGAGUCCUGAGACAGUGGACAUGGAUGAAAUUAUGGCUGCAAUGGUGCUUACAAGUCUGUCGUGCAGUCCAGUCGUCCAACACUCGGCUCCAGGGAGUGCAACUCAAGCUUUGUGUAGAAUGGAAAAUGGUGCUAUCGAACCAUCUGAUGGUGGAUAUUGGAGCUGCGACCAUGGAAACGGAAGCCCCGCCCCAUCCCCACCCAUCGCAGAGGUGGACAAGAGUACCCCUGUCGUCGAUGAAGGCCUGGACAUGGAACUAGAUCAAGUGUUGUUCAACGAGCCAAUGCCAAGGAAACGCAAGAACUCUGUAAAAGUUGCAUAUCGGUGCUUGUGGCCAAAUUGUGGAAAGAUUCUGACCACAGUAGUGGGCAUCAAACGUCACAUUAGAAAUUCUCAUCUUGGACAAAGUGAUGAGCACUCCCUAAGGGAAGAAGACUUCUACUACACUGAAGUCUAUCAGGACUUGGAACAAACAACUCCCUCUGGUGGCCACCGGCCUUUCUGCACUUCUCCAUCCAGUCCCAGCCGGCUCACGCCCCCACCUCCCUCCACCCCAGACAUGCUCCAGCACACCCCGCUCAGUCAGUCCGCCCCGGGCAGCUUCUGGCAGGUCCAUUCUGAGCACUCUUACCAGGCUCCUCCAUCCGUUCAGGUUGUCACUCAGAGCAAACCAGUGUCUGUUCCAGUGUCCUGUCAUCGGACUCCAUCUCUCACAGUUCACCAAAGCAAACAGGGCUCACCAUUCCGCCGUCGUUCAGUUAGUGUUGGUGAACAGUGGCUCCAAAAUAACAAUGCCACCUUCAGGCCACAUCCUGCCAGUGUUUCACCUCCAAGAAACCAUUGCACUUCAAGGAGGAUUCGGGGUGAAGCCAAGAAAUGCCGAAAGGUGUAUGGCAUUGAACACCGAGACCAGUGGUGCACUGCCUGCCGCUGGAAAAAGGCCUGUCAGAGAUUCCUCGACUGAUUCCUUCUUUAGAUCGAUGGAAACAGAACACUAACCUUACAGAGACCCCCAAAAGGGCAUCUUACCUGGAACUAUGGUUCAAAGAAACCAAAAGAGCACCUUGUGACUUAACACUUUUUCUACUUUUUAUCGCGAUUGUGUUUUUUGAAUUGUGCUAAGGAACCAUGUAGGUGCUGGAAGAAUGAUAAAGCAAAAAGGAUGCAGUCUUCCUAUCUCUUAAAUCAAGAACUGAUGAAGUCUGACGUUCUUUUACAAGCAGCCAUCUACUUUUUGUAUAGUGUGAUGUAAACAGUGUCGACAUAAGACAUGGAUGGAAAGUUUACCUAUCAUUCCAACGUAAUUACUGAUAUGAGACAGGAGGUCUUUACCGUGGUCCAUUGCUUUCAAGGGCCUAAUUGGCAGCUUAUGGUUAAUUGUAGAUAAACAAGAAAGAGGAAUACAUUUUAUUAAUGGCAUAUAACGUUUGUUCAUGUUUGCCAUGUUUACUUGCUGAGAUGCAGUUUUUCUUUCUUCGGUUUCCAGUGCAAAAUUUUAUCAAGCAAACUUUUGAAAAGGAAAAAAGCAUUUUGUAUUACGAUUUUGAUAUCUGCGAUGUGUUAAAUCGUAUGUCAUGUCAUUAUCUGUGUAUUUGUGUCACAGGUUAUACUUCUGUGGAAUGAGACGAUUCACUUUUGUCACCUCAAUAUUAAGGAUUUUUCUGUGUAAACAUGCAUGAUCUGAUACAGUUAUUCGUUUACUUUUGUGCUUUUGCCCCAGUCUGCUCACUGGCUGUCCACCUGUUUGGAUUGUGUUCUUGCCAAAUAGUGUGUAAGCAAGAUAAUACAUCAUAUACAACUCUGCAAAAAUCAAUCUGUUGACCAUUUAUGCUAAACAUGUUACAAACUGUUUGAUUGGUUCAUACUCUUAAUACUGGGUCCAAAUUCUUUGUUGAACACUUCUAUACAUCAUUUUUUUUUUUUAAUGUGUAGCUCAACAUCUUUUGCAAAGCUUGAUGCUUUGACAACAUAAAUCUGAAUGUACCUUA